AUGCCACCGCAGAAAACCUACUCCAUACACCACGAAUACAACGCAAACUGUCACAAUGGCAAUCCAAAUCCAAAUCAAAACCCAAAUCCCACCAACGACAGCGACUUCUUUGGGCAGGUCAAUCAGGGUACGCCAGGAUCAGGGGCGGAGGCCUCCACACAACGCACAAAUCUUCCCUCCUACUGCAACGCCCAGUAUCCCUUCAAAGUGCUGUCCAAUCUUAACCAGCUGAGGGAGCAGGCUCGCUUCUGUGACGUCGAGAUCGUCGCAGGCGACGCUACCCUCAACGCCCACAGAGCGGUGCUGAGUGCUGCCAGUGCCUACUUCGAGGCCAUGUUUCGGCCCGAACUCGGCCUAAACGAGGUCAAACAGAAAUCGGUGGUCUUGCACACAAUCGAUGGAGACAUACUGCACAUUCUGCUCGACUUUAUCUACACGGGACGCUGUGAGAUCACACAGUCAAAUGUCCAAGAGCUCCUCGCCGCUGCAGACAUGCUCCAGCUCAAUGAGAUCGUCGACGGCUGCUGCGAGUUUCUCUGCCGCGAGCUGCACGCCUCCAAUGCCUUGGGCAUUCUACGUUUCGCCGAAGCGCACAAUUGUGAAUCAUUGGCCAAGAGUGCACUUAACUUUGUCCAUGCCAACUUUCCAGCGAUAACCCUGGAGGAUGAAUUCCUGGAAACACCGCAAGCUCUGCUGUCGCAGUUGCUAAACUCCGAGCUUCUGCGUGUGGACUCUGAAUCGCAGGUGUUCCAGGCGGCUCUGCGCUGGAUCAAACACGAUGUGACGCAGCGGCGCUGCUAUGUUUUCGAUAUACUGUCCCACGUACGCAUGGCGCUCGUUCCCGUGAAGGUGAUCGACAAGGCUCUCAAAGACGACUGUCGCGACAUGUCGGUGAAGAUUGCGCUACGCUCGAUUUGUCGGGACAUUGCCUCGAAGCGAGGCCAGUUGGUGCCGUUGCGUGUCUGCCCCCGUCAGCUGGCCAAGAAGAACAUAUACAUAAUUGGAGGGUCCCACAGGGAUACGCCACGGACCUGGAACUCGGCAGACUGCAUCUUCGAGACGGUGGCCAAGUUUGAUAUAUUUCGACGCGAGUGGACUGAAACAGCUCCCAUGGAGGUGGGGCGCAUACUGCCGGGAGUGUCGGCCCUAAACGGCAAGAUCUACGUGGUGGGAGGCGAACGAGGCUCCCAGAUUUUGGCCAAUGGCGAAGUCUACGAUCCCCAAAACGACAUAUGGCAGCCCAUUUCGCCGAUGAUUGUGCCUCGCUGCGAGUUUGGACUCUGCACCAUGGGCGGGAAUUUGUUUGCUGUUGGCGGCUGGAUUGGCGACGACAUUGGCGGCACCAUGGAGUGCUAUGACCCAGAGCAGGAUCUCUGGAAACUAAUGGGCAGCAUGCCGCAGCCACGCUUCAGCAUGGGUGUGGUCAGCUUCGAGGGUCUGAUCUACAUUGUGGGCGGCUGCACAACAACCACUCGACAUUUGCCAGACUUGAUAAGCUACAAUCCAGUCACCAAGGAGUGGACACAGCUGGCCCGCAUGCAAACGGCUCGCUGCCAAAUGGGCGUGGCCGUUCUGGACCGCUACUUGUAUGUGGUGGGUGGCAGUAGCAUCAGUCAGGACAUUCUCAGCUCUGUGGAGCGCUACAGCUUUGACGAGGACAAAUGGACAAUGGUCUGUGCGUUGAACGUGCCACGAGCCAUUCCUGCUGUAGCCGCUGCGGAUGGCCUGCUCUAUGUGGCUGGUGGGGAUCAGCCCUGCGAGGUAAACUUCUAUCGAGCACAAGUCACCAUCAACGCUGUCGAAUGCUAUGACCCUCUGUCGGACUCUUGGAAAAAUUGCCCAGAUUUGCCAGUUAGCCGUUCCGAGGCCGGUGCUGUGGUGGUCUAAGAGUCUGGUCCCCAUAAUCUCACGUCGUUUUAUGCACGCCCAAAACGCAAAGAAACAACACACACUCUUUAACUGUAGAUCUAUUGCAUUGUAUACGUUACACACAUCACAAAUCUCUUCCUUCUUCAAAUAACUUGAACGUAGUAGUGGUUGGUUCUCACUAAAGAAAAAAAAAAGAAAAAGCGCAUCAUUGUUCGUUCCGGUUGACACGUUAUCGGUAGAGAAAACAUAGCGCAGCUAUUCACCAGUAAUACAUACUAAACUUAGUAGUAGUAGUUAGCCAGGAUCCAGGAGCAGCAACACAGCCAGCUAGCCAGAUUGUUCCGUAGUUGAAAUUUUCCUUUCAAAAAGCGAAACCAAACACCGAAAACCAAAUAUAGUCGUCGUAUGGCAAAAUGUAUCAACGUAUCGUAAUUGCUGAACAUUUCUCGACUCGACUCGAUAUCGUUAUUGUUUUUUACUUUCAAACUGUUUAUCAUAACAUAUUAUUAAUUACUUGCGUAUUAUGGCCAGAAAUCUUGAAGGCGCCCUUAAGAAGUGAGCGCUCCGGACAACUUUGUAUUAAAACCGAUUUAAAUGUACCAAAAAGCGGAAACGAAA